AUUCCAAGAUGACCUUGAAUUGGCACAGCUUCCUAAAGCCAAUGGAAAAGAAGAAGAAGAAAAAGAUCAUGUUAAGCUCAAAUACAUGAUUGAUGGGACAAAAAUUCCUGAACAAAACACCACAUCCAAGAAGGACAAUGAAAAUAAUGAACACAGGGAGGUCUUUGCGAGGAGAAAGACAUCCUUAAAGGCCAAAGUUCUGUCCCGAGUCUUCUCCGAGGACUACGAGAGGGUGAAGAGAAAGAUACUCGAUCCUCGAGGCCCUGCCAUCCGCCGGUGGAACAAGAUUUUCUUAUUUACAUGCUUGGUUUCCCUGUUUGUGGACCCUCUCUUCUUUUACUUGCCGUUGGUCCGCAAGGAAGUGUGCAUUGAUAUCGGGAUUCGCCUCGAAGUAGCCCUCACUAUUGUUAGAUCAGUAGCAGACAUCUUUUACAUUAUUCACAUUUUCAUUAGGUUCCGUACAGCUUAUAUUGCUCCUUCCUCUCGUGUGUUUGGGAGAGGAGAGCUUGUUAUCGACACUAAAAAGAUUGCAAGGAGGUAUUUGCGCCAAAACUUCUGGAUUGAAUUAUUUGCUGCUCUGCCUCUUCCUCAGGUGCUGAUUUGGAUGAUUAUCCCGAAUCUCAGCGGCUCAACCAUGACGAACACGAAAAACGUUCUCCGCUUCAUCUUGAUCUUUCAGUAUGUUCCGAGGCUGUUUCUAAUAUUUCCCUUGUCAUCACAAAUUGUCAAGGCCACUGGUGUUGUCACAGAAACAGCAUGGGCUGGGGCUGCCUAUAAUCUCAUCCUCUACAUGCUGGCAAGCCAUGUUUUGGGAGCUUGCUGGUACCUACUGUCAAUAGAAAGACAAGAGGCAUGUUGGAGAAGUGCUUGUGACUUGGAAAAACCAUUUUGUGAAUAUGGAUACUUUGAUUGCCACAAAAUUAAAGGCCUUAAUAGGCAGACUUGGUUCCCAACUACCAAUGCCACAACCUUAUGCAAUCCAAGAAAUAGCUUUUAUCAAUUUGGCAUAUAUGGUGAUGCAGUCACAUACGAUGUAACAAACGCAACUUUCUUCAACAAAUACUUUUACUGUCUUUGGUGGGGCCUCAGAAAUCUGAGUUCCUUGGGACAAAAUCUUUCAACAAGCACAUUCGUUGGAGAAAUCACUUUUGCAAUAAUCAUAGCAACUGUGGGGCUAGUCCUCUUUGCAUUGCUCAUUGGCAAUAUGCAAACAUAUCUUCAAUCAACAACCGUUCGAUUAGAAGAAUGGAGGAUCAAAAGAACCGAUACCGAGCAAUGGAUGCAUCACAGGCAACUACCUCAAGAACUAAGACAAUCAGUGCGAAAGUAUGAUCAGUACAAGUGGGUGGCUACUAGAGGAGUAGAUGAAGAGACACUUCUCAAAGGUUUACCUAUGGAUCUCCGCAGAGAUAUCAAGCGCCAUCUUUGUCUUGACCUUGUUAGACGAGUGCCUUUGUUUGAUCAAAUGGACGAGAGAAUGCUUGACGCAAUAUGUGAGAGGCUUAAGCCAGCAUUGUGCACGGAAGGCACAUUCCUAGUGCGUGAAGGUGAUCCGGUCAACGAAAUGCUCUUCAUAAUCCGUGGCCACCUAGACUCCUACACCACAAACGGCGGCCGGACUGGCUUCUUCAACUCCUGCCACAUCGGCCCCGGUGACUUCUGCGGCGAGGAGCUGCUGACGUGGGCGCUCGACCCGCGGCCAAGUGUCAUCCUCCCGUCCUCCACGCGCUCGGUCAAAGCCAUAUCCGAGGUUGAGGCCUUUGCUCUAGUGGCAGAGGACUUAAAAUUUGUGGCCUCACAAUUUAGGAGGCUCCACAGCAAACAGCUUAGGCACAAGUUCCGCUUCUAUUCCCACCAGUGGAGAUUAUGGGCCGCUUGCUUCAUACAGGCCGCUUGGCGACGCUACAAGAAGCGCAGGGAACUGGCUGAGCUACGGGCCAAAGAUAGCCCGACCGUUGCUGAGCCCGAGCCCACGGCCCAACAUGCUUCCGGCUUUGCAGUGUACGCAGCGAGGCUUGCGGCGAGCACUAGAAAGCCCGUUGUUAAGCAUUCUGGGCCGGACUCUGGGGUUGUGAGCUCGUUGCAAAAGCCGGCCGAGCCCGAUUUUUCUGUUUGCGAGGAAUAGUGGGUGGGGUCCCAAAUCUAUGUUUUGGGUUGGGCCGGAUUGGACAUCGAUUUACUCCUCAUUCUAGGCCCAAUAACAAGGAACGAGAUUUAAUAUUUGAAAAAAAAAAAAAGAAAAACGUAGUUUGUAUACAAUGGGGAGUAUGUUUGAGAACUUGGUUGGGAUUUAGUCCACAUAUAAUCAGGAGCUAUUAAUAUUGUAAAUUGUAAGAUUCAGGUCUCUUGUGUAAAUCUUAUUCUUUAUUUUAGUAUGCA